AUGUGUGGAGCGGACCCAAUCCCCAGCAAUGCCAAUGGCCAUUCCAAUGGCGCUUCCAACGGUGACUGUGCUGUCAACGGCCAGAAUGGAACCAACAACGAUCUGUCUGGCCAGGCCAGCCACCCCAAGCCUACUACCCCCGUCGUCAACCCCUAUGCCCCAAUCCACGAUGCGCUAUCCAACGUGUCUAGCUAUAAGCUGAUCGAGUCCACCCUUCGCGAGGGUGAACAAUUCGCCAGCGCCUUCUUUGAUACCGAGACCAAGAUCAAGAUUGCCAAGGCUCUCGACGAGUUCGGUGUUGACUACAUCGAGCUGACCUCCCCCGCUGCGUCGGAGCAGUCCCGCAAGGACUGUGAGGCCAUCUGCAAGCUCGGCCUCAAGGCCAAGAUUCUUACCCACGUACGGUGUCACAUGGACGACGCCAGGCUCGCUGUUGAGACUGGUGUUGACGGACUCGAUGUCGUCAUUGGUACUUCGAGCAUCCUCCGGGAGCACUCCCAUGGAAAAGAUAUGGAGUACAUCAUCAAGACUGCCGUCGAAGUUAUCAACUACGUCAAGUCCAAGGGCCUCGAAGUCCGAUUCAGUUCCGAGGACUCCUUCCGAAGCGACCUCGUCGACCUCCUCUACCUCUACAAGGCCGUCGAUAAGGCCGGUGUUCACCGCGUUGGUAUUGCUGACACGGUCGGCUGUGCCACCCCCCGUCAGGUAUACGACCUUAUAAGGACUCUUCGUGGCGUUGUCUCGUGCGACAUUGAGACCCACUUCCACAACGACACCGGCUGCUGUAUUGCGAAUGCCUACUGCGCUCUCGAGGCUGGUGCCACCCAUGUCGACGUCUCUGUCCUCGGUAUCGGCGAGCGCAACGGUAUCACGCCCCUCGGUGGUCUUCUCGCCCGCAUGGCGGUAAGCGCGCCCGAGUACACCAAGAAGAAGUACAAGCUCCACAUGCUCAAGGAGAUCGAGGAUAUGGUUGCUGAGGCCGUUGCUAUCAACACUCCCUUCAACAACCCCAUUACUGGUUUCUGUGCCUUCACGCACAAGGCUGGUAUUCACGCCAAGGCCAUUCUUAACAACCCCAGCACCUACGAGAUUCUCGAUCCUUCCGAUUUCGGUAUGACUCGCUAUGUCCACUUCGCCUCCCGCUUGACUGGCUGGAACGCUGUCAAGACUAGGGUAGCGCAGCUUGGCCUCACCAUGACCGACGAGCAGGUCAAGACAGUUACUGCUAAGAUCAAGGCCCUGGCUGAUAUCAGGCCAAUUGCUAUCGACGAUGCGGACUCUAUCAUUCGAGGCUUCCAUCUCCAUCUCCAGGACCAACAUCAAGUCCAGAGCGAAACUACCACUGCGGCUCCCGCAGCGGAGAAUGGCACGGAGAAUGGCAACGGCACAGUAGCCGCGCAGUAA